AUGGGCUCUGGGAGCUCAGCCGCAAAGUACCAGACACCUGUUGACGUGACAGCAACUCCCGAAGUCCAAGGUGGCAUUGAUGAGGGUGCCUCUGCGAGUUCAGUUGGCGCUCCCGUGCGAGGCGCGCCCAGCAGCUACCGGAGCACCCGGAGGAAGCCAUCGAAUACCGGCGUGAUGCCAGGCACGGCGGCCUCAGGUUCCGAGGCGAUUCAUCAGGGAGAGCCGGAGGCCUUGCCGCAAGACUGGCGCACGAAGUGGGAGAGGCCAGCAGCCGUCUUCUCGGUGCGGGGCGCUGCUGGCCCACGUUUCCUCCCUCCCCUCAGGUCAACGCGUGCCCGUGCACUCCCAUGUGCACCGCCGGAGCGGCUGGCGACGAAUUCUACGGUGGCACGAAUGGCAGCCGAGUACUGGCGCAACGAGCAGCGAGCCGGCGCUGUGCCACCACAAGGAGCGCCCAGCCCAGGAAGUGCAGCUGCAACAAGCACCACGCAAAGCUGGAACUCCGGGGCUUCACCUGCCAUGAGUGCCGCUUCCGGCAUGUAG